GCAAUGCAGUUUCAGUCUAUCAGCUAGGCAUACAUGUGUGAAAAUUGGAUAUUCUCACUAAAUUAGCUAAAUUUUAGCUGUGUUCCAUGUUUAUCUUUAGACCUUUGUUUAUUAAAUCCUGUCUCGAGCUGUUCUCUUUAUACACAAGUGUGUUUUGCUUGUGCCUUCCUGUCUUCUUCAGUGAGAAGCUUUAUGUAGGUCAGGCUUGGCUUAAGCAGAUUUCCUGAACCUGCGUCAGCUUAAGCUGGAGGAAUUUUAAUAAACCCUCCCCUGUAGGCGUGGGCCUAAAUGAGGCUAGCCUAGUUAAGCCUGAUCUUUUUCUGUUUGUGAAAAGAGCUGAGCAGAGCUGAAGGCUGCUGCAUGGUGGUUUCAGAAACUGCCUACUUAAUUUGAAAAGAACAAUGGUAGGAAAGGCUAGAUCUUCCAAUUUUACCUUAUCUGAAAAGCUUGAUUUGCUAAAGCUUGUGAAGCCAUAUGUUAAAAUUCUCGAAGAACACACUAAUAAACAUUCAGUAAUAGUGGAAAAGAAUAGAUGUUGGGAUAUCAUAGCUGUAAACUAUAAUGCAAUUGGAGUAGAUCGCCCUCCUCGAACAGCCCAGGGCCUACGCACUCUUUACAAAAGGCUCAAAGAAUAUGCCAAACAGGAGCUAUUGCAGCAAAAAGAGACCCAAUCAGAUUUUAAAGGCAAUAUUUCUGAGCCAACCAAGAAAGUUAUGGAGAUGAUUCCCCAGAUUUCCAGUUUUUGCCUGGUAAGAGACAGGAACCACAUACAAAGUGCAAACUUGGAUGAGGAAGCACAGGCUGGUACGAGUUCACUACAGGUAAUGUUGGAUCACCAUCCAGUUGCUAUUACAGUGGAGGUGAAGCAAGAAGAAGACAUUAAGCCCCCUCCUCCACUGGUUUUAAGUUCUCAACAGAGUGAUAUUUUAGAACAAAGAGAAGACCAUGAAUUAGUACAUGUUAUGGAAAGAUCUUUGUCGCCGUCACUUUCCUCUGUUGAUAUGAGAAUGACAUCGUCUCCAUCUUCUAUCCCAAGGAGAGAUGAUUUUUUUCGGCAUGAGCGUGGAGAACACUUUAGGUCACAAUUAGGGUAUGAUCCUCAGAUUCUGCAAAUGCUUAAAGAGGAGCAUCAGAUAAUUUUAGAAAAUCAAAAAAAUUUUGGAUUGUAUGUUCAGGAGAAGAGGGAUGGAUUGAAAAGAAGGCAGCAGCUAGAGGAAGAGCUGCUAAGAGCAAAAAUUGAAGUGGAGAAGCUGAAAGCAGUUCGCUUACGGCAUGAUCUGCCUGAAUAUAAUAGUCUCUAAUAUUUUUUUUCAGUCUUGCAAUUUGAUGAUUUUAAUUUUGACCAAAUUAUUUUCAUUUGGGAGCAGAAUACAUACUCUUAAAAGUGCAUUAAUCUCAAUUGUGAAAAAAACAUUUUUGACAUGAUUUUCUAAUUAUUUAAUUUUCUUUUGAGAUAUAUUAAAACUUAUUGAUUGGUUGGCAUGAUUAUAUAUUUUGUCUUCGGUUUUUUUCUAAGAAGUUCGAUUGUUGGCCUUACAAAAGAUUUCUUAUUUUGAUCAUUAAAUUAGAGCACACAUAAAUAGAUAUACAAACAUAUGUAUUCUUUCAAAGUUCUGAGUCUUUGACAUUUUAAAUUAGAGCUUUGAAAGCUAUAGUUCAAGGUUUUUAAGUCAGUCUAAUUUAGAGCAAUACUAGCCUGAUUAACAGAACCUUGCCUAUAAAACAUUGAUUUUUAUGCUUUUCUGUUUUUGAAGAAGUGACAGGAUUUUAGAGAUGAAAGGUACUUGGAAAUCACUUUUUUUCUACCUCUUCGAUUCAGAGGUAAUGAAACUGAGGUCCAGGGAGAGCUUAGUGACUUGAUAUAACAGAGCCGUUUAUGGCAGAGCAAGGACCAGUACUCAGAUUUUGUUUCUUUGUAGUUUCCCCUCCUGCUCUUCCAUAGAAGUAAAAUGUCUUCCUUAUGAAAAAAUUAUGGAAGUGUUUAUUUCAUUACAAUUGCUUUUAAAGAUUCUUAGGUUACAGAACCAGGGAACUUGUAUCAGUUACCCCCAACCUUCUUUCCUUUCUUGUCCAGCAAAAUAAAUGUUCUGUUAGAAUAGUUAUAUAUUUUGGCUAUAAGAUUAAAUGUCCUAAUUUAUUUUUAAUGUCUUAUUCUGAAAGACAUUUAUUUUACAGUAAAAGUCACAGUAAAAAUGUUUUAAUGAAUAAAAUUAAAAUUUUACAUAGAAAUAGCAAAAAAUAGUUAUGAUUUAAUCUAAUACCAUUAUAAAUACUGCUAUUUUAGUAUUUACAGAAAUAAAUAAAAUCUCAAUUCUUAAGCACACAUUAAAUUUAAGUUAAAUCUUCAAUAUGUAUAAUCCAUUUUUGCUGGUGCUUUGUUGAGGAAGGAGUUUUUUAAGCCAAGCUUUAGAAUGGAGUAGAUAGAAUUUCAGAAUUUUAGUAUAGUGGAAAAGGAUGUUUAAGUCAGAGGGAGCAAUGUGGAAAAAGGCAUAGAGAAUGGGGAACAGUGAAUCAGGGUGUACAAGCACAAAUACAGUGGUAGGCCAGGUGAUUUUAAGUGGGUGUGGAGAGGGCCAAUUAAGCCUUUGUUACCUGUAUACUAGGGUUAAAUUAGUAGCUACUAUUUAGCUCCAGCAGAUUUUUUACAUGCAGGAGUAAGCCAGAAGUUUGCAUUUUUAUGCGAAAUUUUUCAACUUAAAAAUGUUUGCAAAUAAUUCAAAAUGUUUUAAAAACACUACAUGCAUGUGAAUGGGCCUCAUUCAGCCAGUGGGCUUCCAGUUUGUGGCCUUUGGGGUAGAGGAAUAGUUGACCAAGAGUAGAGCUGACCAGUAACAUCAAGAUCACUUGAGAACUUUUGACGAAUGUAAAUCCAUUCCUUUUGAAUCAGAAACCCUGGAGGUGUAGUCCAGCAAUCUGUCUUAAUAAACCCUUUAGAGAUUCUGAUGCAAGCUAAUAUUUGAAAACUAUUAGAACAGAGUAUUUGGAAUGUAGGUACGUGCCUAACUCAUACUUCAGUCUCAGAAAAAAUGUACUGAAAAGAGACAUGGGUGAAGAUGAAUUGAGGGACAUCAGUUUAGAAGUUGGUUGGUGCCACAUUAUGGAUUACACUGAAUGCUGUUUUUAAAUAAUUACAGUUGAAUGUACGAUGGGAAGUCAUUGGAGGCUUUUGAUUAUUAGAGGAAUAUAAAUUAGAGUUCUGAAUUAGUGUUAUAAUAGCAUUUAUGGGAUGGGCAUUUAGUGAGAGGAAAUUAAAUCCAGAAUUUAGGUUAUGGAUAUUGAAAUAGAAUAAAAAUAAAAUGGACUUUCUAAUUGCUUAAUUUUAUUGGCAUUUUAUAUCUGCUAUUAGAGUUAAAUAUUUUAUUAUAAAAAUGCCUUGACUAUAUAAUAUUAUAUCUGUAUUUGGUACUUUUCAUCUUUUUGUUAUAACUUUUCUUUGAGCCUAAACACUGGACUCAAGAGAUUAGAAUCUUAUAGUUCUAAUUUAAUGUUUUUACAAUAUAAUUCUAGUAAAUACAUCUUUGAAGUAGUCAGUUUUAACUUUAUGAAAUUACUGAAAGCAAAUUACUAAUAUGUAAUGAAAUUCAUAUUAUAACCUCAGCAUGCUACUCCUCAGAAUUGUUGUGAAUGUUCAAUUUGAAUGUUGACUUUGUGUGGCUACAUCAGUUUUCCAAACUCUGUUCUGUGGAACAAGAAUUCCAUGGGAUGUUUCUAGGAGAUUUCUGUGUUCAAAAAAAGUACAACACACAUUUGUGUGGAUAGGUUCUAAAAUCAGUGUGGAAGGUAAAAAUGUACAUAAAAGAUUGCCCUUGAAAGUUUUUUUGCUUUCCGUGAGAUAGAGUAAACAUAGUCUUCUACUGUCAUUUUUCCCUCCAGUUUUGUUCACGAUUAUUUUUUCUUUGGUUGCAUCAGGUGACAGAUUUCUUAGCAAUUAGGGACUGAAUAGAAUAAAAAACUUUAUUUUUGCAUAUGUUUAAUUACCAGAAUUGUACUUAUUUCAGGGAGUUUACGGCCCCCAUUUUUUCCAAGUCAAUCUUAUUUAAUUUUAAUUUGCAGAAAUUUAAAUGCCAUGAACUUUACCUAUGAAAUGUAAUGUCAGAACACAUAGGGAAGAGUGAUUUUAUCUUUAAAAUGUAGACUUGAUUCUGUAAAAGAAUAUUAACUUUGAAAAAUAAGCUAAGGCAAAAAUAUUUCAUCUAAGAUAGGUUAUUUUUGCCACCUUCUUAUCUUUUCUUAUCCAUGUGAACUUCUACAACACAUUGUUAUUUCUACAACUUGAUUUUCUUUUAAACUAGGUAUGAUUUAUAAUGGCAUCCCCCCAAAAUUAACAAAGAUCUUUCAUUGCUAAAAAUGCUGUUGGAGGGGCACGUGAGUGGCUCUGUCAGUUAAGCGUCUGCUUUUGGCUCGGGUCAUGAUCCCCAGGUGCUGGGAUCGAACCCCAUGUUGGGCUCUCUGCUGAGCAGGGAGUGUCUUUCUCUCUCUGCUUCUCCCUGCCUCUCUUUAUUUGUGCUCUGUCUCUCUCUGUCAAAUAAAUAAGUAAAAUCUUUUUUUAAAAAAUUGAAAAAAUAAAAAUUCCAUUAGAUUUCUUAAAUAUUCAUAUUAAGUACUUUUUUUUUUGGUAUGAGACAUAAACUUGGUUUUACUUCAUUUUUGAAAGAUUUUACUCUACCCUAUUGUAUCUUUACUUAUGUGAAAAUGUUUAGACAAUGAAUUAUUUUCCAUGUGCCUUCUUUUAGAGUAAUGUUAAAUUUUAAAUAGACAUGUUUAAAUAAUUUAUAGUGUGAUAAAUUGUAUUUAAUAUGUACUGUAGAUGAUGGUGGUUAAAUGCUUUGUUAAUACAUACUCUUUUAAAUACAGGGUAAUACAUUGUACUGCUGUGUGUAUUCUUUAUGUGCCACAAGACUAAGAAUUUGGUACCACUGAGGUAAAAUUUUUUGAGGAGGCACAAUUGAAGUAUAUUUUGUUUAAAUAAUUGUUUAUAAAAGAUACUAAAUGUACCAUGUCUAACUAUCAUAAUACAUUUUUUCAAAUGUUAAAAAUCACAAAUUCUCAAAAUCAAUUAAGUAUUUGAUGAUGAAUUUGAUAGUAAAUAGUUAAAAAUAAUGAGUGGAAAUAUGGGUGUCAUACUUAACAAAUACAAAAAAGUAAAUUCUUAAGAUAUACAGCCUAAUUAAAUGUUAAUGGUCAUGCUAAAUCUUUGCAUAUGAUUUUAAGAAAUUCAUUUAGUAUAUUUUUAUAUACCUUAAAUUGAUUAAACUAGUAACUAUACUUUGAAUUUAUAUUAUUUUUAGUUUUCAGUUGCUUUGUAAGUAGUGGAAAACUAAAUAAAUCAAUAAAAAAUACCACCCAAGUUACCCCCCCCAAAUUUCAACUAAAAUAGACAUAUCAUUAGACUUACACUUUGUUAGUACAUCUUUCAUGUUUUAAAAUUAUAUGUAAAUUUACCUUACAAAGAUUAAGAAACUCUUCAGAUAGAAAAAACAUUCAUAUGCCUACCACCUAAAUUCUGCAGUUACUGUUUUGCUAUACUUGCUUUAUCAUAUAUCCAUCCAUCCAUCUAUCCAUCAAUUCAUUUUAAAAAAUAAAACGGUUACUUAAAACAAGUUGAAGACUUCACUAAACACUUCAGCAGAAGUAUCAUCAACUGGAAUUCAAUAUGUGUGUGUGUGAGUGUGUGUGAGAUAAGAUUUGCAGACAUGAAAUAUACAAGUCAAUGAAUUUUGACAGGUGACUCUACCUGUGUACCUUAGAUCCUUGUAAAGAUUUAGACUGUUAUCAUUACCCUAGAAAGUUCUCUCUGGCCCCUUCCUGAUCAAUCCUUUAGCACCUCAGACAACCAUUGUUCUAAUUUUUAAAAAAUGAUAGAUAAGUUUUGUUUGUUCUAGAACUUUAUAUUAUUGGAAUCAUACAGUGUAUACCCUUUCUCUUUUCUUUUACCUAUCUUAAUGUUUUUAAUACCUGUGUUUGUUCAUCCUUUUAUAGUAGUUUAUUGCUUUCUGUUGUUGAAUGGUAUUCCCUUGUAUAAAUAUACCUCAGUUUAUGUAUCCAUUAUUUUUUGAUGGACUUCUGAGCUAUUUCCAGAUUAUGGCUAUUAUGUAUAAAGAUUCUGAGUAUUCUUGUAUAAAUUUGUUGUGGUCAUAAUGCUGGAUUAGGGAAAAUCUACAUGUUUAAAUUUUUAAGAAACUGCCAGGCGUUUAUCCAAAGUGAUUGUACCAUUUUACGCUUGCAUCAACUGUAUUUUUUUUUUAAAUAAACCUGUGCAUGCUCAACGA